GGGCUCAUGGAUUAGCUUUUGAGAACGCGCUAUUGUAAUUGUCAUGCCGGUGAAAUAUAAAGGCAAAGAAGGAAAAUCUUUUUUUAUCAAGUAGCAACAGUGCUCGGAGAUGGUCAUUAUCCAGACGUUAAAAGUAUUUCGAUUAAAGAAUAUGUAUGUGUAUGAUGCACUCGUUUCAAUUAUCUACAAAACCUUAUCAUUGGGAGGUGUCAUGUUGCUACUAGAUACGUAGUCUACGUCAGACACAUAUACCAGCAGAUUUUUAUCAUCCCGAUUGUAUUUCCGUGCUCGAAGUGGUAAAUCAAUGAUGUGCUUGUAUUAGCGAUAAAAUGUUGGGCUACGGUUUCUGUGUUUAGUGUUUCAGUCGGUUGUGAUAUAUUUGUAUUAUUUGAAGUGUAGAAAAAAGUUUGGUGCAUAUCUACUGCGGAAAACGAUCAAGAAAUAUAAUGGUGCGGUGCGAAAUGAUUUUGCCGCCAAAGCUGUUUUUUGUUCGAGCGUCGCUGCUGUUUUUCUUCGUUCUUCAUAAUGUAACCUCUCAAAAUUAUGAAGGAAGACGUUUAAAGCCUUGUGAACUUGAAUCACUGCUAAGAGAUUUGACUUAUCCCGAAGAAGGGUAUGAAAUGCACGCUGUAGCACUUCGUAACCAGUUGAGACAUAUUUUGGAGCAUGAUCCUUCUGAUCGCGAAAGUUAUCAAAAUCUCGAGGACAGUUCCGAAGCCACCCGUGGGCCAUACGAAGACAAACGAUCUUAUCGUGCACUUUUGCGUGAUGGUGCCGUAUUCGGAAAGCGAAACGUGGGCGCGCUUGCUCGUGCGGGAUUAUUGCGAAACCAACCGGAAUACCUCAAACGUAGCUUGGCAACACUCGCCAAGAAUGGACAGCUACCAUCACGUGACACAGAGUCUGAGGAUACUACACCUGAUGGUGAAUGGAAUGAGGAUAAGCGAAAUGUAGCUUCUGCGUUGCAAUCAGGUUAUAUGCUAAAUGGCAAACGCAACAUUGCUUCCCUGGCCAGAAAGUAUGAACUGCCUGGUAAACGAAACAUUCAAUCAUUACUACGCACAGGAAUGCUUCCUUCUAUAGCUCCGAAACGAAACAUACAGUCACUUGCACGGGAAAAUGUGCUCACCGGUUAUGGAAGUAUAUAUAAGCGGAAUAUUCAGACCUUGGUACGCGAUUGGAGUUUACCGAAGCAGCAUAAUAAACUAUCGGAAAGUAGUGGCUCAACAAGUGACAAUGAGAAACGAAACAUUCAAUCAUUGAAGAAUGCGCAGGGACGUAAAAAAAGGUCUUUGUACUACGAUGAAAUGGAGGAGAGCAGUCCUGAAGUUUUGGAACCUGUUUUCCAAACGGCUCCACUUGACUACGAGGAGCUUAUGGACGCAAUGGUGCAAACAUAUCCUUUACAUAAUACCGACAAUCAUCUCGAAGAAAAACGUUUUCUUGGCCUCAGAAGAAGCGAAGACACCACCAAUUAUGAAGAUGAUAGAACGGACACGGAUCUGCCAUUGCGAAGCAAGCCGUUCGUAAAGCGUCACAUUGCCUCGAUUGUGCGCUCGGGCUGGACUCCAUCGUUCCGGCCGUCGCGUGGAAAUCGCUUCAGUCGGGCCGGCAGGGCGAGGGCGAAUAUUACUCCCGACCCGAGCCACUACGACAACCAACCAGCGGCGUAUGUAGACAAUGCAUACAUGGAUUCAGAGGUACCAAUAGUUGGGGAGCUCCAGGGCUACAGUCCACGUGGGGUGCCGCGCCGCCUAGAGUUGCCGCGUUACACUGGCGAGGCCUUCGCCAGCCACCCGUACGUGCACGACGAGUUCAGUGAACGCGUAAAUCCGUUCUACACGGAUGAUGAAUAUCGCUGUGCCAAUCGUCUCCGUAAAUUGCUAUAUUAUCUGAAAAAGCAGUAUUAUCUUGACAAUAAGUAUAUUCAAGCAACGUAUGGAAGAAAUUUAGGUUACUAUCAAUAAGAGU